AUGAAUAAAGAUGGACUUGAAACUAAAUUGCAAUUUCUUUAAUAAGAAGUAAAAUAACUUCAAGAAGAGAAUAAAGAACUCAGAUAGUUACUAUAACUUAACAAAGAAGUGAUAAAAAUUCAAAAAGAAUGUACAUUUAAUUCUGUACUUUUUGAAACUAUAUAUUAAGCAAUCAAAUAAAAAUUAUAAUAGAAAAGAAGAUAAUUACGUCAAGUAAGGAGAAAAUAAUUCUGAAAGAGGAUUCUAAUCAUUGUUUUCAUAAUUGUAUGAAGAAAAUAAUUAAUUAUAUGCUUUCAAUGAAGUAAUUACAAAAUAAAGAGAUGAAGCAAGAAGCUAAGUACUUAUUGUAGUCUAGUAAAGGCGUUAAUCUUUGAAUAAAUUUGUGAAGAUUCAAAUCAACGCAAUAUAGAACUUUAAUUGGAAAGGCAGAAUCAAUUAUUAGAUUUAUAAAGAAAAUUAAAUGAGAAAGAUUAACAAAUAAUUUCAUUGACAGAGUAAUUGUUUGAGUUUAAGAGCAAAAAGAAGAUCAAAUAAAAGAUAGUAUACAAAUAUAAAUAUUAUUUUAAAGAUGGUCUCUCCUACUGAAGAUGUUUUUGCAGUACUGAAUCAAAUAGAAUAGAUGAGAAUGUUAAUAGGUGAAAUGAUAAAAGAGAAUAAGUAAUUAAGAGAAGAAAAGAAUAAGUUAUAAAUUCUUAUUGAUGUCCUAUAAAAAUAAACAAUAAUUAAACCAGAUUAUACUCCUCCAAUACUUUCUCCAAAUAGAAGUAAUGAUGAAAGUCCUAAAUAUAACAAUUUCAAAGAAAAUAAAUAAAUCUCAGGUGUAAAAGUAGACGAUUCAAGUUAUGUUGAAAUAUUACCAGCUAAAGUGAAUAUUCAAUAUUAAAAAAAUUCUAAUGUACCUGUACCAAAACUUGAUUUAGCAAAAGCUUAAAAAUUACAAUAAUUAAAUAUCCAAAAGCAAGAAGAAAUUGAAGAAAAAGAAGAAAUUGAAAUAAAAGCAUUUAAAUUAUAAUAAUAAGUAAAAAACAAUUAGCAGAAAGCUUAAACACCAUCAGCUGGUAAUGCUCUAAAUAUGUUUGCCAGUCCAAAUAAAUUAUGUGUCUAAUUGAAUUAAUUAAGCGACUAAAACAAAUCAUUAUAAAAAGAACUUGCUUAAUGUAGAUAGAAAUUAUAGAAUGAAAUUUUGCUCUCAAAAACUUUAGAAGAUUAAGUGAAUGAAUUAGAAAGAAAAAUAAUAGAUUUAGAAAAUGUAAAUGAAAUCUUAAUUAAUUCUUAAAUUAAAUAUGAAUAAAAAUGGUAGAAAAUUCAUUUAUAGUAUAUCACAUAUAAGGAAUACUUUGAAUCUAAUGAUUAAAUAUAUGAAAGUGCUAGAGAUAAUAGAUAUACCUUAUAAACUAUGAUAAGUUUACCUAUGUCUGCAAAACAUAGAAAAUCAAAUGUUUCUCAAAAUUUAAGGGAGAUUGCCUACGCUCUCUAUAAUAAAUGCAAAAUAGAAGAAAGACUCAAAAAUAUAGAAUUUAAAAAUAUAUCAAACAAAAAAAGAUCAUCAUCACUUUGA